AUGCAAGCGUUCGUCAAAAAAUUGCGAAAGACACCUUACAAGCAUAUGUUUAAGCUUAACAAAAUGGAGGCACCCAAAUUAAGCUGUGAUACGCGAUGGAAUUCAUGGUACGACAGCGCAGCGUCAAUCAAAGCCAGCAAGGAGUUCAUCUGUUCAAUAACGAAAAACGAUAAAGAAGUUGCGCUUACAAACGAACAGUGGAAUUUCAUCGACAGCUUCAUUGACGGCUUUGAACCCGUAGCUCAGCUGACGAAUACUUUGCAGUCAUCACAGUUGACAUUUGGCGAUUUUUAUUUGGCAUGGGUACGAUGUAAGCUUCAGCUGGGUAAAAAGGAAAAUGUUUUGUCAAAACAGCUGUUGAAAAAUAUGGAAGCUCGUGAAACAGCCAUAACAGACAACAAAGCCUUUUUAGCAGCAAUUUAUUUCGAUCAACGAAUCAAUUAUCGCAGUAAUCCACUCAUAACUGAUGAUCAACGCCAAGCAGCUUUGGAACAUCUUAAUAAUGUCUGGAAAAACAUUCAGCGUGUAUCGCGAGGUAAUUCAUCAAUUGUCGCGACAGAUGAUCCAAAGGAGGGUACCAGCGGUGACUCGGAUGACGUUCUUGAGGAAUAUUUCCGCUCUUAUGAGGUAUCACAGGACUCUAGCGUAUCUACAGGCCUGUUCGAUCAACUUGAAGAUUUGAGCAGGUCUCCUCGUCUGAAACUCGAAAAGGAUCAGUCAAUAUUGGACUACUGGUAUGGUCAGAAGCAAUCAAACCCAGAUUUGUAUAGCUUAGCGGUUGUAGCGCUUUCAACACCAGCUACACAAGUUUCAACAGAACGAGCCUUCAGCACCUUGGCAUUUAUUCUCACAAAAUUGCGAACUCGUCUGAGCGAAACCACAUUGGAGAACAUCUUGUUAGUAAGAUUGAAUGCUGAUUUGUUCAGCCAAAUUACUGUAUGAUUUCUACGAAGUGCUGGAAAUUUAA